CGUGGGAAGGGAGCAUAAUCGCGCGCGCUCGUCUGCAUCAUUUAUUAGCGCAUGCAGCGCUCCAUCUUAUUUCAAUGGGCUGCGGUGGGAGUCGAGCAGAUGCUAUUGAACCGCGAUAUCAUGAGAGCUGGACCAGAGAAACCGAAUCGACGUGGCUUACCAAUACUGAUGCUGAAAUCCCCAACGGCGUGACUUCUAAGAACCGCGUCGUGCGAGGAGAAUCUAGCCAUCUUAUUAAAGACAAUUCAAAACUAUCAGGUAGAGGUAUGGAGGCCAGAUCCUGUGGAGACAGAGGCAGACAGAUGGUUAAUGCAGGAACUCAAUGUGGAAAGCAGGUUUUGACUUCCAGCACCUGCACAAAAACAUCCUGCAGUCAUGAGCAGAUAAGUGACUCAAAGCAGACAACGCAUGAGGAGGAAACUACUCAUUCUGAAGGGGUUUCAUCUAAUGCUGCAUCUAACCCAGGGGAGCCAUGAGGACAAAACAACCCCAUCUUUGUCUGAUGCAGAGG